GCAGCCUUCGCUGAACACCAAACAAAGCGACCAUGAGGCUCUUGAGUACUUCCUUGAUCCUGGCCGUGGCUAUAAGCCUGGCCACGGCAGAGGAGAAGGCGGAGAAGGAUAAAAAGGCUGAACCCAAACCAGUUGAAGAGAAAAAACAAGACAAGAGAGGUCUGUCCGACUUUUACGGCGACCAUGGAAGCCUCGGCGGAGAUUUGGGUGGCUACGGAGGUGGCCACGGAGGUGAUCACGGAGGUGACCUGAGCGCCUACAGUUAUGGCGGCGGUUACGGUGGCGGUCAUGGCGGCGGCUACGGUGGCGAUUAUGGCGGCGGCUACGGCGGCAGCUCCGGGGGAGGCCUCGAGGGCUACAGCCACGAGGAGCACGAGAAAACAAUCACCAUUGUGAAAAAAGUGCCUCUUCCGUACCCAGUCGAGAAACACAUUCCCGUGCCCGUCGAGAAGCACGUACAUGUGCCCAUCAAAGUGCCCGUGCCCGAGCCCUACCCCGUCUACAAGACUGUGCACUUCCCGGUCAAGGAGUACAUCAAGGUCCCCGAGUACAUCUCCAAGCCGUACCCCGUGACCAAGCACGUUCCGGUCCCCGUCCACGUCCACGUCGACAGACCGGUGCCAGUCAAGGUCUACGAGAAGGUUCCGUACCCCGUCGAGAAGCACAUCCCCGUGCCGGUCAAGGUACAUGUGCCCCACCCGUACCCGGUCGAGAAACACGUGCCCUUCCCCGUUAAGGUGCCAGUGAAAGUGUACGUGCCCUACCCCGUCGAGAAGACCAUCCACUACCCCGUCAAGGUCCCCGUCGAUAACCCCGUGCCCGUUCACGUCGAGAAGCCCGUGCCAGUUCCAGUAGAGAAGCCCGUGCCUUACCCAGUAGAGAAACCCGUGCCGUACCCCGUCAAGGUGCACGUCGAUAACCCGGUGCCGGUCCAUGUCGACAAACCCGUGCCCUACCCCGUCAAGGUUCCCGUUCCAGCGCCCUACCCCGUCGAGAAGGUGAUCCCUUACAAAGUGGAGAAGAAGGUGCCGAUCCCAGUGCACAUCCCAGUAGACAGGCCAGUCGCUGUGCCAAUCGAGAAGCACGUUCCCUACCAAGUCGAGAAGCACGUGCCAUACCCACUCAAAAUCACAGUUCCUAUUAUCCAUCAUGAGCACCAUCAUGAGGAGCAGCACGACGUCCACGGGGGUUCCCUGGGAAGCGGCAACGAGGGUCAUUACGGUGGGGAGGAGAGCCUGGGAGGGGGCGAGGCCCACUACGGGGGCGGCGAGAGUCAAGGGGAAGGCGGUCACUACGGUGACUAUGAGGGUGGCCAAGACUACCACCACUAA